AAGCCUGGAAUACUUCAGUCUGUGGUUGAGAGCCCGUUUGACCACAUCUGCUACGAAGGCGAUGAGAUUCUUUGCAGUGUAGAGAAAACACAUUUUUCUUUUUACUUUUUGGGACCAGCUGACACGUUUCUUAAAUGGCUGAGGAGGUUUUAAUUCCACCGUCGGGGAAAAUCACUUCGCACCUCACGGCCUCUUUGCUGGCAGUGGCAUUCCUUACCUCCUUUGGGAGCUCUAUGCUUUAUGGGUACAAUCUGGCUGUCGUAAACUCCCCUGCUGUGUACAUCAAGGACUUCUACAACAAGACAGUGGUGGGACGCAAUGGAACAGGACUCAGUGAGGACACCCUGACCCUCAUGUACUCUCUCACUGUGUCUGUAUUUGCUGUUGGAGGUCUGUUGGGUUCACUCAUUGUGGGAAUGCUGGUCACACGCUAUGGCAGGAAGGGGACAGUGGUAAACACAACAGUGUUGGUGUUUAUUGCUGGUUUACUCAUGGGCUUCAGCAGGAUAUGUGGGUCACCUGAGAUGAUCAUCAUUGGCCGUUUCAUCACAGGAAUUCACUCAGGCAUCUCUCUAAGUGUGGUACCAAUGUACUUGGGUGAGAUAGCACCAAAGAACUUGCGAGGUUUCCUUGGUCUCGUGCCGAGCAUCUUCAUUGGAACUGGAGUUUUUGUUGCCCAAAUCCUCGGCCUACACGAGCUUCUAGGAAAGGAGGAGCACUGGCCCCUCUUUCUUUCAGUGAUUGCUGUACCCACUUUCAUCCAGCUGAUGUUGUUGCCAUGGUUCCCAGAGAGUCCUAGGUACCUGCUGAUUGAGAAGCACAACAUCCAUGCUACCAUCAGAGCUCUGAAGUGGUACAGAGCUAAAUGUAACAUCCAGGCUGAGAUUGAAGAGAUGCAGGAGGAGCAGCGCUCCCUGUUGUCAGUGGAAACACUGUCAGUAUGGAAACUGAUGCUGGAUGACACGGUCCGAUGGCAGGUGCUGAGUGUGGUGGUCAUCAACAUUGGCAUGCAGCUGUCUGGCAUCGACGCUAUCUGGUUCUAUACCAACAGCAUCUUUGAAAAUGCAGGAAUUCCAGCUCCAGAGAUCCAGUAUACCACAGCAGGAACAGGAAUCAUAGAGAUCAUUGCUGGACUCAUUGGGUGUUUUACUAUAGAGAAGCUGGGCCGCAGGCCUCUCAUGAUUGGGGGUUUUACUGUGAUGGGUAUCUGCAGUACUGGGAUAACACUGGCCCUCAUUUUACAGGCUCAUUUGUCAUUCAUGCGCUACGUCAGUGUCUGCUGUGUGGUGGGCAUUAUUGCUGGCUUCUGUAUUGGCCCAGCUGGAGUGCCGUUUCUGGUUACAGCAGAGUUGUUUAAACAAUCCCACCGACCAGCAGCCUACAUCAUAGGAGGCUCACUCAACUGGUUGUCCAACUUCACUGUGGGAUUCGUCUUCCCAUUCUUACAGAUGUCAGCAGGAGCAUACUGUUAUUUAGUGUUUGCCACCAUUUGUGCAUCUGUUGCCGUCUAUGUCUACAUUGUGAUCCCAGAGACCAAAAACAAGACCUUCAUGGAAAUCAGCCAGAUGUUCUCAAAGAAGGAGGCAGUCUUAGAGACCCAGAGCCUGAUCCAUGUUGACCAGCUAAAGCUGAGGAAGCUGAAUGGCUACGGUGGUCUAGAACAUGCUUCAGUGGAGUUUGACAGCUCUUUGUCUGUACCUUAACUCAAACUUCAUAGCCAAUUCAUUCCUUUGGUAUGUACAUUGUAACAAAACAACACCUCACCUGUACCCAGUGUGCUAUAGCUGAGUGAAGUUAUUCUGUCAACUUAAUAUUUAAACCUAAGAUUUAUAAGAAAUUUUAGUUCAUGGGUGCUAAUUAAAAUCUAUUAAUUGGUGUAAUUUCUGAACCCUGGGAGCAUGGUGACAUCACAGGACUAUACAUAUAGCGAAACAGCCAGACAGGUUGAAAACAAUAAACCUGUAUGGUAAGCAAACUUAGGACAAAUGUCAUUACAUUUGAAAAACGCAUUUCCUCUUUGGCCUGCUGUAAUGGACCAGACCUGCCAAUGGAGGGGACUGUAACUCCCAACAACCCUAGUUUGAUAAUUGGGUAAGAAAAUAGAGGAGAAUCUUAUACAGUGUUUCACUCGUUGUUACACUUCUACACUAAAAUAUUAUGUUUCACAACAGUUUCCCUAAGGUACAUUAGUUAAGUGCUCUGUCUAUUGUCUAUUGUUCUAUCUCGACCCAGCAAAUAAAUGUGUUUUUAUGUCAGUCAUGAUUUCAACCUUAAUUAUCUUGGUGAGUAUGGUGCUAUGAAAAAUGUUAGCAGUGAUGUACACAACUGCAAGAAAUUGUACUUAAAAACAACUGUACUUAAAAAAAUAAUAACUGUUUUAUUUAUGUUGUCUGUGGAAGAAGAAGUAUUUUAAUGAAAAACUAAAAUACAAAUGACCUCUGGGGUCAUGUUUUUCCAUGACCCCAGAGGUCAUGGAAAAACAUAGGUCAUUUUCAAAUAAAGCCUAGCUAGUAUUUCUUCUGAAAGGUAAUUUUUUAACCUAAACUUCCAUUCUCUCCUCACUGUAACAAGUGAUUUCGGUGUCUACACUUAACCAAAAUACAAGUGGAAAACAAAUUGUCCCAGAAGAGGCUCAGACACCAGCUGUUUGUCCCUUUAUUCCAAAAUGAAAACUCUUCUGUGUGUCAUUUCAAAAUUAUUGGGGUCAAGCAGCUGAUGGUUGUUUAGGUUUUUAGGUCCUUACAACUGACGAGUUCAUAUUCUGUUUAGUCAGCAUUAGCAUGUGAAAAUGGAAAGCAAUUAAUUAGAUGAGACCGUUGUUGGGACAAAGAAAAAUGUGGAAACAAUUUGUCUACAUUCUGAGCUACUUAGAUUCAAAGAAAAAACUGUGUUAACAUGAGAGGAUGAGAUUGACACACUAAAGAAAAAGUUGGUUAAUAGAAAUUAAACAAAUUGUUAUUUCUUUAAUCAUGAAAAACUUCAGCUGCUUUGGAUACUGUUACUGCUACUGCCUUUUUAUUUUAAAAGAUGCUUACUGCAGACAGUUUGGGUGGUAAAUUCUGUAAAUUGGCUCUUUAGCCAGCGUGAGUGAAAUGAAAUCCGACAUGCACAGAAUAAACUGUCUUCCUUUCAGUAGGAAACAACUCAGAGCUUGUAGAUACAACAGCUUGUAAAAAAACGGGUUGUGUGCAGUACAUGACAGAAAUAAACCUUUUUUUGAUUCUUUUAUAGUUAUAUAAUAGUAAGUUAACGUCACAAUCUAAGAAAUCCAAAAAACAAAUGGCAUGUUGUUAAAUGUCACCAUUUAUUGUAAAUGUAUGUUACCUGAUGUUAAACAUGAUGUUUUCUCAACUUGGUCCUGAUAUUUUAGACUGUGUCAUUACACAGUGCUGGUUGAAUUGUUUUGCAAAGUCUUCUAAAAUAUCUUUUGUACAGAAAGUGAAACUGUUUAAAUACAUGAAAAUGUGUACAUGAGUCUAAAAGUUGUGAAUUGUCAAAAGAUAACUACAUAAAUGAAGUACU